AUGUUAUUAAAAGAUUUAAAUUGGCUGGAUCCUAGAACAUUUGCUUUUAUUAAUGAACUUGAACAAUUUCCCAAAGACUCGUUGAACACAAUAUGUAAACUAGCAGAUUUAGACAAAGAGAUCAUUGCAAUUGAGCUAAAACAGUUUGCUUGUCAGUAUAGUAAUUUCAUACCAGAUGUAUCUGAAAAUGAUUUUCACGAUAUUAAAUCUAAAUCUUCUAAAAUUAUAUAUAUUGAUGAAGAUGAAGAUAUUGAAGUUAACCCACCGAACAAAUUAAAUGUGACAAAUGCACUAAAUGUCUUCAGUGUGCAUUGA